GAGGACCAUCUCCAGCCAGGUGGAGGCAACAGGGGGGAGACUCUUGGCAGCUUGCUGGGUGUCGUUGGCGGGACGGUUAAACGGCCGGAACAUCGGCGAAUCUUCCGCUCGGCACGAACGGUUCAAUGUUUAAUGGACAACGAUAAUUCGAGGAUUGUGUUUUUAAUAAAGUGCUUCAUUUUCCGAGGUUUUGAUCAGAAAGAGGAGGUGUUGACAUUCGGCCUGCCCCCUUCCCUGACGUCGCUAUGAGUGCGCGGGAAGCGGUGAAAGCCAUGGAGACGGCGGCGGAGGGUGCGAGCGACCCGAGCCUGGGCCUGGCACGAACGACGGGGUAUGGCGAGGUCCAGGAGCUUAAGGAACACAAGCCUUCGGCCUCCAGUGCUGCCGGGCGAACGCUGCCGGCUGCGUAUGAAUUGCCCUGGGUUGAGAAAUACAGACCACUGAAACUGAAUGAAGUUGUGGGCAAUGAGGAAACAGUCAGCAGGUUGGAGGUAUUUGCAAGGGAGGGGAAUGUACCCAACAUCAUAAUUGCAGGUCCACCUGGCACCGGAAAAACCACAAGCAUCCUGUGCUUAGCACGUGCACUGUUGGGACCUGCACUGAAAGAUGCUGUUCUUGAACUCAAUGCCUCAAAUGACCGGGGUAUUGAUGUGGUCAGAAACAAAAUCAAAAUGUUCGCCCAGCAGAAGGUGACGUUGCCAAAAGGUCGUCACAAAAUUAUUAUCCUGGAUGAAGCUGACAGUAUGACAGAUGGAGCUCAACAAGCCCUAAGGAGGACAAUGGAGAUUUACUCUAAAACAACUCGCUUUGCACUGGCAUGCAAUGCUUCAGACAAAAUCAUAGAACCUAUCCAGUCUCGCUGUGCUGUCCUGCGUUAUACAAAACUCACUGAUGCUCAGAUCCUUGUACGACUGAUGCAGGUGGUUGAGAAGGAGAAUGUCCAGUAUACAGAUGAUGGACUGGAAGCUAUAAUUUUCACAGCACAAGGAGACAUGAGACAGGCUUUGAACAACUUGCAGUCAACACAUUCAGGAUUUGGGUUUGUUAACAGUGAAAAUGUUUUCAAGGUCUGUGAUGAACCUCAUCCACUUCUGGUAAAGGAGAUGAUUCAGCACUGUGUCAAUGCAAAUAUCGAUGAGGCAUACAAGGUUGUUGCUCAUCUCUGGAAGCUGGGUUACUCGCCAGAAGACAUUAUUGGCAACAUCUUCCGUGUCUGUAAAACUUUCCAAAUGCAGGAAUACUUGAAGCUGGAGUUCAUAAAGGAGAUUGGAUACACUCAUAUGAGAAUUGCAGAAGGGGUGAAUUCCUUAUUACAAAUGGCUGGACUGCUCGCUCGACUUUGCCAAAAGACUGCUGCUCCACCAGCUAGUUGAUGUAUGUGCUUCAACCUCCAGGGUAUUUUCUUUUUUGAUGAGAUUUAAAUUUGCAUCUCUCAUUUUUUUUUUAUGUUGUCUCAAUAGCCUUUCAUUAGAUACCUUUGAAUACUUUUCUCUCUACAUGAGAAUUUUGUGGAUUUAAAUUCUGUAUUUCCAAUUUUGUAUUAUUUCUGAAGCCUAUGUUACCUUGUGAUAAUAAAAUCACAUACAGUAAACUGGUAUAGUAAUAAUUUGAAAGCAUGUUUUCCACUGUGCAAGUAAACAACCUCAGAAUGCACAGUUAGUCAUUCAGCACAGAAACAAAUCCUUUGGUUCAACCUGUCCGUGCUGACCAGGUUUACUAAACUAGUCCUACUUGGCCCAUUUGCCUCCUAAACUGUUCCUAUCCAUGUACUUGUCCAAAUGUCUUUUAAAUGUUGUAACUGUAUCUACAUCUACCACUUCCUCUGGCAGUUCAUUUCACGUACAAACCACCCUCUGUGUGGAAAAAGUUGUCCCUUGGAUCCCUUUUUUAAAUCUUCUCUCCUCUGCCCUUAAAAGUUUGUCCCUACCCUAGUGAAAAGAUUUUUUGCUAUUCACCUUAACUGUGCCACUCGUGAUUUUACAAACCUCUAUAAGGUAGCCCUUCAGUCCUGGUUAAAUCCCUUUUAAUUCUUUUCUGCACCCCCUCCAAUUUAAUGAUUUUCCUUCCUACGGUGAAGAAACUAGCAUUUUGAAGAUGGAGGCUGUUUUCACUGAAAUCUUGAUUUUUGCCUAUUCCAUCAAUAUAUUACAAUAUUCUGUUCUCUAGAUUACGCUGUGUAUCCAGUGUAAGUUCUUUGGUCACAGUCAGUAUCUUAUACUACCAAUGAGAUACGAAGCAGGUCUGCUAUUGGAUCCGUCCGUG